GCCUGGGAGCUGGACGGGGGAGUGUGACCUUAGGGGGAGCGCUCAGACCCUGUUCCCUGGGCGAGGCCGGUGCUGACGCCCGUCUCCCCGCAGCGGAGAACAUGCUCUCCCAGGCGGAGUUCUACCAGCGCACGGACCAGUCCCAGCAGGGGUCUGGGGAGUUCAUGUUCGAGUUCGACCAGGACGAGAUCUUCUAUGUGGACCUGGAGAGGAAGGAGACCGUCUGGCGCCUGCCCGACUUCGGCAAGUUCACCAGCUUCGAGGCGCAGGGCGCCCUGGGCAACAUCGCC